ACUGAUGAGGAACAGUAUAAGACUCAGGAGCUCCAAAUACACAGUGACGAUAACUCUCCAGCAGCCAGAGACCAACCAUCACAGACAAGGAGGACCCCAUGGACACGUGGAAAUCGGGAUCACAAGGAAUGCCUGGCCAGCGUAGACUCUUUUCCCAGGUGCCAGUCAGCAGGUUGGAGGUUUUCAGGGACUGUGAGAUGGAGCAGAAUCCCAUGACUCAGUAUGAGCCUGUGGCAGAGAUUGGAGGAGGGGCCUAUGGCACUGUCUACAAGGCCCGAGACUUGCGGAGUGGCAAGUUUGUAGCUCUAAAAAACGUGAGGGUGCACAGAGACGAAGAGGGCCUCCCCGCCUCCACUGUCAGGGAGGUGGCACUGCUGAAGCGGCUUGAGCAGUUUGACCACCCCAAUAUCGUCAGGUUGUUCGAUGUGUGUGCCACCAUGAGAGCAGAUCGAGAAACCAAGGUCACCCUGGUGUUUGAGCAUGUUGACCAGGAUUUGAAAACCUACCUGGAAAAGGCCCCGGCACCUGGACUGCCACCAGAGACGAUAAAGGAUCUAAUGAAGCAGUUGCUGAAUGGCCUGGCAUUCCUGCAUUCUCACAAUGUGGUGCACCGGGAUCUGAAGCCAGAGGACAUCCUAGUGACCAGCCGGGGCCAAGUGAAGCUGGCGGACUUUGGCUUGGCUCGCAUCUACAGGUUCCAAAUGGCUCUGACUCCGGUGGUGGUGACAUUGUGGUACCGUGCACCCGAAGUACUGCUUCAAUCAACAUAUGCCACCCCUGUUGACUUGUGGAGCACAGGCUGCAUCUUUGCUGAGAUGAUUUGCAGAAGGCCCUUGUUUUGUGGGAAAUCAGAAGUUGAUCAAUUAGGAAAAAUUUUUGACAUGACAGGGCUCCCAGCAGAGGAGGACUGGCCGAAGGACGUGACCCUGCCGCGAAGUGCCUUCACCAACCGGCCUCCACAGUCGGUCAAGAACUUUAUACCCGAAAUCGAUGACUUGGGGGCAAGUCUGCUGCUGGAACUGCUGACAUUCAGCCCGAUGAAAAGAAUCUCUGCCUUCAAGGCCCUGCAACAUCCUUAUUUCCUAGGUCAAAACCUUAAGGUUUAAGCCAACCAAUUGUGCCCCAUAGAAAGGAAACUGUAAAGAGCUUUGUCUGCUUGUCCACACUUGGGUGUUACAGCAGUUUACUGCUGGAGGGGGAUUGGGGAUGGGGUGGGUUUGGGUAUAGGGGGGUGGGGGAGGAUGGGGAGAAGGAAAUUGAGCUUUAACCAUUUGAGGAUUUCCCUAGUUUCUGUUCUGCUGUUGAUCUGUGAAGCUGGUUUCUUUGCCCAAAGCCACCAGGUGGCAGUGUGACACUGGUCUGAGGAGCUUGAAAUUUGUCAGCUUUGCACCUGGCAUUGUUCUCUUGCAUUUGUCGACGUGCCAAUCUUUUGGUGCUGUUCACACUGUGCAUGAAGGCUGGGAAUUUAGUGCUUCUUUUUCUUCCCCCCCCCCCCCAAAAAAAAACACACAAACUCCUUGAAGUUAACCCAUACAUUCCCACCUUGAAUCAACUUUGGCCCUCUAAUUGGGAUGCUGAACCCUCUCCAGGAAGGUAUAUGGGUGCUGUAACAGUGUGACCCUGUGCUGCUGUAACCUGGCUUGGAACUGAGGGGAAAAUGAAGGGAGGAGGAAAAGUAACUUUUUUCCUCUCUCCAAACAGCUAGCUGUUGCUGUAUUUGAGUGUAUUGAACUUUCUAAAGGAACCAAAGCCCAUUUUCCUGAUUAACAUCGGCAGAUUAUUUUGCCUGGUGGCUUGUUUUUCAGGCUAAGAUCCAGCUCCUUAGAAUAAUGUCUGGGUAUCUUUAUUUGACUUGGCAGCAUCCAUAAUUUAGGGGAUUAGGAGUGCAGGGAGGAUAGGUUUGAGCCCUGUAUGUAAUCCAAACCUAAUCUGGGGAGGGGAAAAGGAGGGAUGACGACUUCAAGCUACAGCCCAGUUGGCUUGGACAGUAAACACCAGUGUUACUAGCACCUUCCACAUUCUGUGAAGAGAAAUGUAAAUUUGGUCAGUAUUUAUCUCUCCUUGAACACAUUGCAGAUUACUGGGUCACUAUCACAGUCCUUCUGGGAUCUUGCUGUCCUUAAAUUGAACGGUGCUAUAGGAAUGGCAAGUUGGCUUUCCAAGUACCAGUUCCCUGGCAAAAAUAAAUAAAUGGUGGAGUCUGUCUGCUGCCAGAGACCAACUGCCUUGCAUGUUGUGAAGUUGUUGGUUAUUCCUCUGCCACUUUCAAACCUCAGACUUCCUAAUCAUACCCACCUAGAAUUUUGGACUUUUCUUAAAAUGGCCUCUAAUUGUCUUUUGUCUCUGACAAAGAAAUCCUCAAAAUUCCACCUUUCCACCAGUUCUAGGAUGGGUCAAUAUAGCUGAUGGUCUUUGGACUUCCCUGGAUUAAACUUGUGAAUGCUGUUAAACUUCA